AUGGCUAAAAUUGUCUUUUUGAUGGCCGACUAUGGCCACGAUCCUACAGAGACCUGUGGACCUUAUACAGCCUUCAAGGCUGCCGGCUUCGACGUCAGUUUCGCGACUGAAGCAGGCAAAUCGCCUCAAUGCGACACCAAAAUGCUGCAAGGCCUCACACAGCGCCUUCUGGGCGCAUCUUCUUCCAUUGUCAAACAGUAUCGCGUCAUGGCUGAAUCAGAGGAAUGGAAGCAUCCUCUGUCCUGGUCCGACGAGCAAUUCUCGCUCGACGCGUUCAAUCUCGUGUUUCUCCCCGGUGGACACGACAAGGCCGUGAGGCAGAUCAUUGACUCUGAUAGAGUCCACAAGCUGCUCGCAGACUUCUUCCCCAAGACGAGAAAGCCCAGCAACAAGGCCGUCGGGGCGGUUUGUCACGGCGUCAUGGUGCUGUCAGAGUCGAAGCAUCCUGAUGGGAGCAGCGUCAUUCGCGAUUGCGUGACGACGGCGUUGCCGGCGAGGUUCGAGCAAGUCGCGUUUUGGGGCACGCGUCUGUUCCUGGGAGACUACUACAAGACGUACGGGGCUGGGAGUGAGAAUGUCGAAGACUCGGUGCGAAAAGUGUUGGCGAGUCCUGCACAGUUCAAGAAUAGCAUCAUGCCAUCCCCCUUCGUUGUUGAGGAUGACAACUACAACUACAUUACGGCGAGAUUCCCCGGCGACGUAGAACUUUUGUCGCAGAAGCUAGUUAAGCUAGUGCAAAGCUUUUGAGCUUGCGGAAAUAAUAUUCGUUGCCGGUGCGGCCGAGUUAAUGAGAUCCGGGGCGUGGGGAAGCAAGGCGGAGAAAACAAGGGCAUGGGUGCUUCGUAUGUCUGCAGAGUGAGAUUUUGAAGCUGUAUCCACAGA